GACCAGCUAGCAUAUAUUCAUGGUUUCCAUGACAGGGAGGACCUACAUGGCACACAUAUAAAGGAUCUUAUACCUGCCUUCAAACUGCCGGUACCAGGAGAACGUUUACCAAAGGAUGUGAGAAAGCAGCGUGCCACUGGUAGGACAAGAGAUGGUGCUAAUUUCCCUCUGAGUAUUGCCGUAGAGAUGACAGAUGAGGAAGGCGAUGGUAUUUCGCACCAUGGUGACGAUAUCUACAAGGGUGUAGUGUGGGUGUUCGCAAACAUCAGUGGUCUGAUCACGUUCCUUCCCGAUGGCACAAUACAUAAUAUAAAUGAGAACUUUUCACUGAUGUUGUUUGGCUUUAAGAGUUCAGAAGUAAUUGGCAAGAACAUUUCGAUGCUGAUCCCAGACUUCUAUGAAAUACUGGAUCUUGUUGAAGACAGUGUACAUUUGUCGACAGUAGAUGAAGACAAAUUGUCGGUACACAGUAAGGAUAGUGGGAAAAAUUCCUCAAGAUCUAGCAGUAAAGGUACGAGCAGGACAGACAGUGAUGAUCCCGGUAUAGGUCUGAGCCUCAGUUCAGGAAUACAUGCCAAGUUUGAUGGAUUUGACCUUCAUGAGCCGGGAAUCACUUCAACACCAAAUAAACCAACUAUAAUGGAUACCCUGUCCAAAAGGCUUUCAACUGAAGCAGUGGAAAAGGAAACUGAUAGUGACAUAAUAAAACAGUCAGUAAUGCCUCCUGCAGCAGAACUAAAAAUAGAUGCAGUUACUUCCCUUGAUCACUCUUCACCAAACCAUAGCACUGUGUCUACCUCCAGUACCGAAACUCUUCUAAUAGCAAGGGAUGUAACUUGUGCCAAUACUAGCACAACUAGUAGUAAAAGUCUUCCAGAAGUUGAUUCUAGUAAAAGUCCAAAAGUUUGUGAAGCUGAAAGUACGAAGGAACCAGCGCUGGAACAACAUUCUGAUUCAGAGACUGUUGUUUUCAAAAUUGAUAACAACUCUGGGCAGUAUAAAGUAGGAGUUACAUCCCCUAGUGUGAAACAAGACUGUGAAAUUUCUGCAACUGCCAGCAAAAAUUCAAACCAGUCUGUAGUGUGCCAUUCUUUUGGAAGCUCCACGCCUGUUCUUAAAAACUUACAGAAACUUGAAAAAAGUGACAUUAUUGCCUCCCCUUGCCUGUCUGACAUUAUGAGAUUAGAUUCACAGAAGAAUUCUCCUGGUUUUGAUAGUUCUGCAAUUGAAGGCGGAGAUGAACUAGAAGAUUCAGAAAGUUUCGAAGCUAACAUUGAGGCAGAGAAAUCAAAAUUAAACACAACAGAUGACCUUAUUGCAGCAACAGUUGGUCUUGUAAAGCUUGGAAAUGCACCUAUAGACAAUAGUGAUAGUGCUGAAUUAGGCAAAAUGGAAGUUCCAGUUGGCGGAAAACUUUCGAACGUCAGUGGUAGAACAAACAAUUUAGGUAGUAAUAAAAAUGACAGCUUAGAUACAAGUAUGAAAGUUGUUGAUACAAAGUGCUCUUCAUCAACAAAGAAGGAUGGAGAAAAUUUUGACAGUGAGAUUGUUGCCGAGUCUAUUAAAUGUGCUAAUUCUAUGAGUGAGAGUGACAAAUCAUCUAUAAGUGUGAUAGAAGAUGUUGACGAGUCUCUACUCCAUAGGAGUAGCAUUAACCAGUUCUUGAACUCUAGAUGUAACAAGAGUAGGAACUUAGAGGACUCCGGGUCAUUUCUACGGCAAAAUAAUAGUCGCAAUAUGAACAGUUCCGUUAUAGGGACCCCAGGAGUCGAGGUAUAUUUUCCCAAAGGCAUUGAUUCACCAGAUUUUAAAAAUGAUUUGGAUAUUUCAAACUUGGAAUUAAGUGACUUCAGUAGUGAGGGUUACUCGCCUAGCCUGAAGAGUUUUGAAAAGCAUGAGAAAGGUGUUCGGUAUGUGACAAAGUCUCGGAAUGGGUCGAAAUCCUCAGAUUACAGUUCUAAUGGUACAAUGAUGUUUCCAGAGGGCAGUUUUCAAGGACAGUGUCAACAUAGGGACCGGUCACUUCUAGGUAUUGUGUUUCAAAUCAAGCGUGUGCAGCUUGAGGAUGGCAACGAGGUUUACUGCAUGUGGGUAUCUCGAGACCCAGAGGAGCCAGCAGAAUAUGGAAGGUCAUAUGCAAAUCUCACACUGGCCUCUAGUCUGAACAGCACCAUGGAUCAUUCAAACUACAGUCUUGGGGAGGCAUUGAUAGACAGAGCCCAAUCUGCCUCUAAAGACCCUCUGGAUGAGGAGGAGGAGGACCCGUUGGCCAAAGUUCAAGUUCCAGAGACUGAGGAAGAUCGUGCCAUCAAGUAUGGUCCCUACAGCAGACAUUAUGACACACUGCAUACCAUUGGGAAAGGAGCCUUUGGUUUUGUGAAAUUAGCUAGUAGAACACGUGAUAGGAAACAGGUUGUUGUGAAGUUUAUACGUAGAGGGAAGGUGUUCAGUGAUUGCUGGGUACAGGACACAGAAUAUGGCAGAAUGCCACUGGAAGUCAGCAUACUUCAUAAACUUGACCAUCCGAAUAUAGUGAAGGUUUUAGAUGUGUUUGAGAACGCUGAAUUUAUACAGAUGGUAAUGGAGAAACAUGGUUCAGGGAUGGAUCUGUUUGAGUUCAUAGAUCGAAGUCCUAACAUGGACGAAGGGCUUGCUAGUUACAUUUUCAGACAGAUGGUUUCAGCAGUAUCUUACCUCCACAGUAAGAACAUUCUACACCGAGACAUUAAAGAUGAGAAUGUAAUUGUAAAUGAGCAGUUUCAGAUAAAGUUGAUAGAUUUCGGAGCCGUCGCCUUCCUUGAACCAGGCAAACUGUUUGCUACAUUCUGUGGUACACUGGAAUAUUGUAGUCCUGAAGUUCUCAUGGGAAACAAGUAUCAGGGCCCAGAGCUAGAAGUUUGGUCUCUCGGUGUUACUUUGUACACUUUGGUAUUUGGAGAGAAUCCCUUCUUUGAUGUAGAAGAAACAAUUAAAUGUGUGUUGAAACCUCCAUUCCCAGUAUCUAGUGAACUGAUGAUGUUGAUAUGCUGGUUGUUACAUCCCGAUACAAAGAGAAGAGCAAGUGUGUCAAGUAUUGAGAAAAACUGUUGGGUAACACAGAAAAUAGACAUCUCCAACUACAAAUGGGCAGACGUUCUCCCUAACUGUGAAUUCUACGGGAACACGGCAUCUGAUAAUCGGCCGGACACUCCACCGAUGGCGGACCAGCAUAUGAACGGUCAUGUAGAGGGUUCAGAGGUGGAUGAACUGAAGUGUAAUCUCUUCCAUAAACUCAACAUCGGCUAGACUGAAUGACCUACGUACUUCAUUCACAUGCAACAGCUAACAAAAAAAGACAGUUUUUGCGACAUUGCUUGUCUUGCAGUAGCAUUUAUAUAAUAACUGAGAACAAUGUUGUAAAACUAGCCAAGCUUUAAACACUGCAUUUUAGAGUGACCGUGUCAAAUUAGGUAACAUUUGCUUGUGUCAAGUUGUGUAUUUAAUGUGUAAUACUUGCCGAAUAUAAUUGUGUGAGAAAGUCAAUAUGUAAAUCAUCUAGUGCAAUAUGGUUGUAUUUUGUAUCAUAUGUAUAUAUUUUAUACAUUAUUCUUGUGUUAAAUGAGUAUACAAUUAGUGUGUGUGUGUAACAUUGCAUAGAGGUAGUUAGCAAUGUAUAUAAACGCAUUCUAUUUUCAUAACCUGCUAACUUGUACAUAUCCUCAUGGUAAAAAGGAUCACUUUUAACCACAAAACGUUAAUGAGAAUUAAAUUUCAGAAAGUUUCUGUAAACUUUUCACACUUAGGAGCAAAAAAAAAAUGCACACUCGCUGCUUUUAGAUACAGCAUUUCAUAACACAAGAAAAAAUGACAGUAUGUGUUGCUGUGAUAACUUAAUGUAUUUUAAACUUGUGUUUUAAUUCCACCAGCACAUUUUUAAAACUUGUUCAUUGUAAGGUUGCUAUAUCACCGAAUCAUAAAAACAGUGUAAAUGUUUGCACCUUAUAAAAAAAAAAUGUUAUUAUAAUACUGAAUUACUUUUGUCAUUAUACUCACAUUUUGUUGUGCUUUUUUGUCAUAAAAUAUAGUCCUUCAUUUUGGUGCAGGCCAUCUAUUAGUCUAAGAGUGACCUUUCAUACAUACAUAUAUUAACAGGAUUUGAAAAUAUUUAAUCAUAUGAGAAAGGGCAUUUUAGCUUCUGUUACUUCAGAGAUGAGAGGAUGUCUGGCACAACGAAAGUAUUGUGUUCAAUUAAAAUGUGUUACAGUGUGUCACAUCUGUUUCAAUAUUGUUAAUAGCUAAUGUAUUGAAAUUUAAUCAUUGAAAUAUCAGAGAGAAAUUUAAGAAAUUUGUAUUUCACUUGUCUGGUAUGGAAUUACAAAUGGAAUAAAUCGGUUAAAACCAUUAAAAAAAAACACAGUACAAAGAAAAUUUGUUUUUCCUUUAAGGGCAUUUCAUCUAACUUUUCUGCUAUUGCUAUGCUACAUACGAAAAAGUUGCAUUUGGUGUUCGCACUUUGACAGUAAUCAUGAGCUAACACAAAAACAAAUACUCUGUAUUUCACUUUUCAAAUUUUUAUGUUAUACUGAUUUUUAGCUCGACUAUUCAAAGAAUAAGGAAAGCUGUCCUACUCACAAUGGCGUCAGUUUUUCGUACUAGUCUACAUUUUGACAAAACCUAUUGAAACUUUCAACACUUGUGUACCAUCACCAUGUCCAGUUUUAUGUAAGAGUACAUAACUCCAUCAAGGAUUUUGUCCAGUCCACAUUCUAACAAAACCUAUUGACAUAUAGCUAUGAAACGUUUAUCAUAUAUUAUAACAGUCUCUAUAUGUAGGCAAGAAUGCAUAACUCUUGGCAAGUAUUUUGGCUAAUUUAUGGCCCUUUUAGACUUGGAAAUUGGUUCAGUUUUCGUACAAGUCCAUGUUUUGUCAAAACUAUUCGACAUGUGGCUUUUAAACUAAGAACACUUGUUAAUCGUCAUGAUCUACAUCUGUAGUCAAGGGUAUUUAACUAUGUCAAAGAUAUUUGGCGUAAUUUUGGACUUGGAAAUCAGUUAAGGUUUUGGUACCAGUCUGUAUUUUAUCUAAACUGUUUGACAUAUGGCUUUGAAACUUUAACCACUUGUUUACCAUCAUAGUCUCCAUAUGUAGGUAAGAACACAUAACUAGGAAAGGAUUUUGGCUCAGUUAUGGCCUUUUUAGCUCAUCUGAUUUUUUGAAAAAAAAUGAUGAGUUAUUGUCAUCACUUGAGCGGUUGUCGGCGUCGGCGUCGGCGUUGCCUGGUUAAGUUUUAUGUUUAGGUCAGCUUUUCUCCUAAACUAUCAAAGCUAUUGCUUUGAAACUUGGAAUACUUGUUCACCAUCAUAAGCUGACCCUGUAUAGCAAGAAACAUAACUCCAUCUUGAUUUUUGCAAGAUUUAUGGCCCCUUUUGUACUUAGAAAAUAUCAGAUUUCUUGGUUAAGUUUUAUGUUUAGGUCAACUUUUCUCCUAAACUAUCAAAGCUAUUGCUUUGAAACUUGGAAUACUUGUUCACCAUCAUAAGCAGACCCUGUACAUCAAGAAACAUAACUCCAUCUUGCUUUUUGCAAGAAUUAUUGCCCCUUUUGGACUUAGAAAUCAGUUUUCUUGGUUAAGUUUUAUGUUUAGGUCAGCUUUUCUCCUAAACUGUCAAAGCUAUUGCUUUAAAACUUGCAACACUUGUUCACCAUCAUAAGUUGACCCUGUACAGCAAGAAACAUAACUCCAUCCUGCUUUUUGCAAGAUUUAUGGCCCCUUUUGGACUUAGAAAAUAUCAGAUUUCUUGGUUAAGUUUUAUGUUUAGGUCAACUUUUUCUCUUAAACUAUCAAAGCUAUUGCUUUGAAACUUGCAACACUUGUUCACCAUCAUAAGCUGACCCUGUACAGCAAGCAACAUAACUCCAUCCUGCUUUUUGCAAUAAUUAUUGCCCCUUUUGGACUUAGAAAAUCAUUUUCUUGGUUGAGUAUUAUGUUUAAGUCAACUUUUCUCAUAAACUAUCAAAGCUAUUGCUUUAAAACUUGCAACAGUUUUUCACCAUCAUAAGUGGACACUGAACAUCAAGAAACAUAACUCUAUCCUGCUUUUUGCAAGAAUGAUGGCCCUUUUUAGACUUAGAAAAUCAUGGGUAGGACAAUAUUUCUAUUACACAAAAAAAAAUCAGAUGAGCGUCAGCACCCGCAAGGCGGUGCUCUUGUUUUUGACUUAGAAAUUAUUUAAGUUUUACAUACCAUCCAAUAUUUUGUCUAAGCUGUUUGAUAUAUGGCUAUUAAACUUUGAACACUUUCUUACCAUCAUGGUCGCUAUGUGUAGGCAAGAGUACUUAUCUUUUCUACUCACAAAUUUUUAGCUAGACCAUUCAAAAAAUAGAUACACCUAUCCUAUAGUGGAGCACAUUGUCAACAGACAGCUCAUGUUAUUAUGGUUAGUCCAUGAAGUUACUGUUGGAUAACAUCUGUUUCAUUUCUUGUAAAAAGAUGUAAAUUAUGCAGGAGCUGUUGUUCAAUAGGGAACUAAUCUGUUCUGUUUUUAGCUCACCUGUCACAAAGUGACAAGGUGAGCUUUUGUGAUUGCGCGGUGUCCGUCAUCCGUCCGUGCGUCCGUCCGUAAACUUUUGCUUGUGACCACUCUAGAGGUCACAUUUUUCAUGGGAUCUUUAUGAAAGUUGGUCAGAAUGUUCAUCUCGAUGAUAUCUAGGUCAAGUUCGAAACUGGGUCAGGUGUGGUCAAAAACUAGGUCAGUAGGUCUAAAAAUAGAAAAACCUUGUGACCUCUCUAGAGGCCAUAUAUUUCACAAGAUCUUCAUGAAAAUUGGUCAGAAUGUUCACCUUGAUGAUAUCUAGGUCAAGUUCGAAACUGGGUCACAUGCCUUCAAAAACUAGGUCAGUAGGUCUAAAAAUAGAAAAACCUUGUGACCUCUCUAGAGGCCAUAUAUUUCACAAGAUCUUCAUGAAAAUUGGUCAGAACGUUCACCUUGAUGAUUUCUAGAUCAAGUUCGAAACUCGGUCACGUGCCAUCAAAAACUAGGUCAGUAGGUCAAAUAAUAGAAAAACCUUGUGACCUCUCUAAAGGCCAUAUUUUUCAUGGGAUCUGUAUGAAAGUUGGUCUGAAUGUUCAUCUUGAUGAUAUCUAGGUCAAGUUCGAAACUGGGUCACGUGCUGUCAAAAACUAGGUCAGUAGGUCUAAAAAUAGAAAAACCUUGUGACCUCUCUAGAGGCAAUAUAUUUCGUGACAUCUUCAUGAAAAUUGGUCAGAACGUUCACCUUGAUAUCUAGGACAAGUUCGAAAGUCGGUCACGUGCCGUCAAAAACUAGGUCAGUAGGUCAAAUAAUAGAAAAACCUUGUGACCUCUCUAGAGGCCAUAUUUUUCAUGGGAUCUGUAUGAAAGUUAAUCUGAAUGUUCAUCUUGAUGAUAUCUAGGUCAAGUUUGAAACUGGGUCACAUGCCAUCAAAAACUAGGUCAGUAGGUCAAAUAAUAGAAAAACCUUGUGACCUCUCUAAAGGCCAUAUUUUUCAUUGGAUCUGUAUGAAAAUUGGUCUGAAUGUUCAUCUUGAUGAUAUCUAGGUCAAGUUUGAAACAGGGUCAUGUGCGGUCAAAAACUAGGUCAGUAGGUCUAAAAAUAGAAAAACCUUGUCACCUCUCUAGAGGCCAUACUUAUGAAUGGAUCUCCAUAAAAAUUGGUCAGAAUGUUCACCUUGAUGAUAUCUAGGUCAAAUUUGAAACUGGGUCACAUGCCAUGAAAAACUAGGUCAGAAGGUCAAAUAAUAAAAAAACCUUGUGACUUCUCUAGAUGCCAUACUUUUCAUGGGAUCUGUAUGAAAGUUGGUCUGAAUGUUCAUCUUGAUGUUAUCUAGGUCAAGUUUGAAACUGGGUCAACUGCGGUCAAAAACUAGGUCAGUAGGUCUAAAAUUAUUUAAAUAUUUUGACCUCUCUAGAGGCCAUAUUUUUCAAUGGAUCUUCAUGAAAAUUGAUCUGAAUGUUCACCUUGAUGAUAUCUAGAUCAUUUUCAAAACUGGGUCACGUGCGGUCAAAAACUAGGUCAGUAGGUAUAAAAAUAGAAAAACCUUGUGACCUCUCUAGAGGCCAUAUUUUUCAGGAGAUCUUCAUGAAAAUUAGUGAGAAUGUUCACCUUGAUGAUAUCUAGGUAAAGUUCAAAACAGGGUCACGUACCUUCGAAAACUAGGUCCAUUGGUCAAAUAAUAGAAAAACCUUGUGACCUCUCUAGAGACCAUAUUUUUCAAUGGAUCUUCAUGAAAAUUGGUCAGAAUUUUUAUUUUGAUAAUAUCUAGGUCAAGUUCAAAACUGGGUCACAUGAGCUCAAAAACUAGGUCACUAUGUCAAAUAAUAGAAAAAACGACGUCAUACUCAAAACUGGGUCAUGUGGGAAGAGGUGAGCGAUUCAGGACCACCAUGGUCCUCUUAUUGUUUGUUUUUUGCAUGUAAUUUACAACAUUUUUCUUAUGAGCUGGUUAUAUUUUAAGUGGGACAUCUUUAUAUGAUUGAGAAGAAACAUUAGCUAAUGCCUACAAAAAAGUGUACAUAUUAGUUAUUAGUAAUAUGGGAGGUGUUCUGUUACAAAUGUACAGUACUACAGUACAUGUGAAUAUGUAUAUAUUUAUAACACCAACAUGUGUUCAUUUUGUUGUGGUGCUUUCAGUUUUAUUUUUAUUGCUUAUAUAGUGUGAUUAUUCUAAGUAGCAAUUUAUUUUAUUCAUAAAGGAAUGCUUCAAGGGGGUAGAGUAUAUGAAAUAAUAUAUUACACAAGCAGUUGAUUUUUCUUCUCUAAAUGGGUUUUACUGCCUUUGUAAAAACUGCAACAAGACUUCUUUUUUUGGCAAUGAUUCAUGUACUAGGAUGUUUUUUUGAAAAUAGUUGCUUUGAAAUUGGUACCUGCAAGAUAAUGCUCAACAUUUUGAAGAAAUUACGUAACUUUCGAUUUGUUUUUUCUCUCUUGAAGAUAUGUAAUUUACAGAUUUAUAAAGUUUUAGAAAAACAAAUCAUUUAAGUUACAGUUUUAAAAAAUGACUUAAUUUCUAAUAUUUUGGACUGUGUGUGAGGGGGGCAGGGGGUUGUCUUGCAUCUGAACACAUUUCUGACGGGUCAACUUCUAUUUUGUAAUAACACAACUUAUAUUUGUGGAAGUCAAGAUCAAAACUUAUGUACUCUUUUUCCUUCAUUAGAAUGUGGGUUGAAGUACUUUUCUGACAUGUAAGAAUGGUGCUUUACUCAAAGAUGAGAAGUUCAGUCAGACUUUAGUUUAUCUGUAUUUUAGCUUUAUUUAAUAUGAAAUUUAGCUUUUACCGAUUAUUUUAGCAUUUUUAAAGGAAUUUUAUGCUAUGUGUUAAACAACUUUAUUUAUAGCAUUUACACAUGUAGGUUUUUUUUAGAGUGGACAUUUGAUAUAUUUUCUUUUGCGCUACUUAAAGAAAACUAUCAUCUUCAAAUACAAUUGAUGAUAGUUUGAAAAAGUUAAAUAUAAACUGAUUUCAAACCAGUGUACUGAAACAUCAUGUUUAGAAACACUAAGGUCUUAAUUUAUAAAACUUGAGUUUGGGGGUGAGCUCAAAACUUCAGCAAUUGGUUGGUUGUUUCUGUGGUUCAGUUUUGAAUUGACCAAUGGCAUUGACCUAUUCUGAGACUGGUAUACUAACACAAUUUUAUAACCUUGGACCCCCAACUUUGUAUGUUUUUUGAAAAAGAAACCAGUCACGUUCCAUGUAUAGUAUGCAUGAAGCUUAUAUUAUUGCAGGAUUUAUUCUUUUCUUUUGCCAUUAGAAGAGUUAAGAUAUCUAGUAGAUACAAAUAUAUUAAUUACAAGUACAAA